CCAUUUGCCUAUCCCGCCUUGGCUGGUUUUGCAACUGUGAUUGUUCUCUGUUUUCCUCCGAGCGCUGCUCAACGUCUCUGAGGCAGCCACCAUGGGACGCGUCCGCACCAAGACUGUCAAGAAGUCUUCACGGCAGGUCAUCGAGAAGUACUACUCUCGAAUGACGUUGGACUUCCACACCAAUAAGAAGAUUCUUGAGGAGGUUGCUCUCAUUCCCUCCAAGAGACUCCGCAACAAGAUUGCUGGAUUCUCGACCCAUCUCAUGAAGAGGAUCCAGAAGGGACCCGUUCGUGGAAUUUCUCUCAAGCUUCAGGAGGAGGAGCGUGAGCGUCGCAUGGAUUUCGUCCCUGACGUCUCCGCCAUUAAGACCGAUCAGAUCGAGGUCGAUAAGGAGACUCUAGACAUGCUCAGUGCUCUUGGUAUGAAUGAUAUUCCGGGGCUCGUCCAAGUUGAGCCCGUCCCUGUGCAGCAAACGUUGGGUUUCGGUCGUGGUUUUGGCGGACCUAGGAGGUAUUAGGUUUUGGUCUUCGUCUUCGUGGUUUUCAGAUUUGAGCCGAUCGUUAGUGGCUUAUAUUUACGUAAUUGAAGUUUUACUAGCCAUCAAUGAUUGAAUUUGAACUUCUGUGUUAGAUCACAUAUUAUGGUUUACUCUGCAAUUCACCUGACACUCCUCAAACAUUAGUUAAUGGAAUAGAUUUUGUCUACUAGGUGUGGCAUACUAAUAUGAUUCUAAAUUGAUAUUA